AUGGAAUCAACUGUAAUAGAGAGCGACGGGCGUUGUGCCUGUGAAGUAGGUCCCUCAUUGGCUGUGCUUAACGAUGUGCACAAGGCCUAUGAGGAGAAAAUGGAUCUCAUAAAUCGGACUGCCGGCUCACAGAAACUGCAAAAGCAAGUGCAAUUGCUACAGUCGUGGGUGGGUGACCUUGUCGCUCAGAACACCCUUUUGGCACGUACCGUAGAGGAACUGGAAAUUGAAUUAACAUCCCGUGUACUGAGUGAACGUAGGAAGUUCUCCGAGAUGGUGUCUGAAUUGCGUGUUGAAGUAACAUCUCUCCGGCGACGACUGGCGCGCAAGGACUCAGACCUUCGCGGUCUACUGGAGGUGCUGCGAAGACUGAGAGAAUUUGAUUAUCGGGCCCUUGACAGCAUUCACUUUAACGAGGUCACACAGUCUGACAUUUUUGGACCUGUCACUUGUUUUUUUCAGAAAGACAAAAGCAAGAAUGUAAUAUGCGAUGAAGUGAGUGAACUGAAAAUUAAGAUAGACUCUUUACAAAGGGAUAACCUUAAUAAAGAGAGAGAAAUACGAAAGCUUAGCAAGGAAGUGCAACAGUACGAACAGACAAUCAAUAGUCUCCGAAAUGAUAUAUCGAUGUCGAAAUACCAUACACCGGAUGUAAGUAGAAAAGACGCAGCUGUUACAGUGGAAAUAUGCUGUUCCGCAAAUAAAGAGUGUGGCGACAUAGAACCCGUGAAGGAAGGCGGCGCGAGAGACGAGCAGGUGCAGUACCAGGAGCGAAUACAACACAUGGAGGUCAGCAUAAAGUCAAGUGGUCAGAAUGUUCGAGCCCUAAGAGAAGUUAACGUGUCUUUAUCAGAGGAAGUGCAAGCCCUGCAUCGCGUGUGCGCAGCCUUGGAUGAGCAAUGCCGUGUGUCAGCCCUGCGAGCGCAGUUCAAAGACGAAAUUAUACGGGAGAUGCGCCGCCAACUAAAAUGGGCUAAAGCUAAGCUGAAGGAGUCAGACCAAAAGAGCAACACAGAGGCGACAAGCAGUCAGUCUUACGGAUCAGUACGUCGUAGUAAUGGGAGGGAGAGGGACUUACCUGACCUUGAUAUGAAUCCUGACUGGAUAUGCCAGAAUAGAAUCUACGACGGCUCCGGGGACGUCGUUUCAUAUGGAAGAGAUUAG